GCCAGUCGACCGGAGCCGCCGGGUCGCCCUGCACGCCUCCCGUCCACCACAGGUGUGCCACCAUGGCUCGGCUCGUGCAGCUGGCGCUCCUGCUGUCCGCGGUGGCACUCUCCGCACAAGACAAGCUGGCGGGUGGAUGUGUGGAGAACGGCCGGGAGAUAGCCGAGGGCAGUCUGGUGCGACAGCAGGACCCCUGCCACGUCUGCCACUGCCACCGCGGCCGCAUCGAGUGCUUCUGGAAAAGCUGCGGCCCGCCGCCUGAGCUCUGCGAGAUAAUGCAGCUCGAAGAUCGCUGCAACCCCUCACUCUACGUGUGCCCUAUUCCCGAUAGCAUCGCGGACGCUCCGAUUCAAGCCGAGCCGAGCAUUCUGACUCCGACCCGGCGGCGCCGACCGGAGGUCACACCGCCUCCGGCUAGCUCGCGGGCACCAACCGCCACCCGGUCACGGACCAGGUCACGGGUCAGGUCACGGACCAAGUCACCUGACAGCGCGUCCGCUCCGAGCUCCACGACCAAGGCUGUGCCGUCCCCGAGCCGGCGCCGCCGACCCCAGCUCCAGUCAGCGGCGCCGACCUCUCGUCCGGAGCGGUCCCAGAGCGCUACCGGCGCCCGCUCCCAGCUGGUCUCACGAGCCCGCUCGCCGGUGCGCACGAUGAAGAUCGUACCGCGGCCACGCGUGCUGCCGCUGGUGGUUCCCUCCGACAACUUCCAGCCGCCGCUGGGUGAGCUGCCGUCGGCGCCCGGCCCGGCCGACGCCGUCAGUGCGCCCUCCGGUGCCACCUACUUCAACGAGGAGCUUUCGGUGCCGCGUAACUUCGUCAUGCCGACCGGUCGCGGUGGCGAGCUGCCGCAGCCGGCCGGUCUCGUCCCGCAGCCCGCCCGCGGGCGUGGCGCCUUCCGUUUCAGCUCUCCGAAGCCGGCGCCGGUCCCCGAUGCGGUCCCGAGCGCGGCCCCCGCCCGGCCGACUCCGACCAAGACGCGGGUGGCGCCCGCCGUCAGCCACGCGAUGCAGCCCCUGAUGAACUUCGACUACGACCUGGAGGAGGACAUCGACCUUUCCGACUUUAUGUUCCCCGAGUUCGGCCGGCGACUGCGGCGCGCCGCCGACGUCGACGAUGUGUUCGACGCGGCAGCGGUGCGUCGGCUGGAGGCCGAGUGGAGCUCGCGCCGGCGACGGCGCUCUCUGUUGCCGGGCGAUGAGAACCACGUGCACGACCACCACCACGAGCACGAGCACGAACAUGAGCACGCCGUCGAGCAGCACGCCAAGACGUGCUCCAUCAUGGGCGUGCGCUACGAGCUGGGAGAAGUGAUCGGGGUGGCCUCUGACAACUGCCUGGAGUGCCGUUGCGCGGCGCAGGCCAUGUUCUGCUCGCCCAAGUGCUGCUUUUUCGCGCUGGAGGAGCGCCUGCUGCGGGAGGGCCGCCAGGCGUCGGCGGACGAGCGCCUGCCACGACCCCACCCUCUACAGGCGCUCUUGCGUCAGUGACGUCACCGCCGGUCUGCGGUCACGACCUUGGGCGCCAGCAGGCGCGCCGCCGCCGCAGAUGGCGCGUUUUUGUGGCGGAGCGCGUCAUGUGUCAAUGUGCGAAGGACGGAAAACGGCGGGGACAAGUGGCACGUCAGAACGGCGCCGGGCGCGUGACCCCGGCCUGUCAGC